AUGUAUGAAACACAUCUUUGUAAGGGGUGCAUUGCCAGUGAGUGGUGCCAAAAAUUCUUGAGCCCAUUAUCUAUCGAUUGUGCAGAUAGUAAUGUCUUGUUCUGUCUGCGCAGAAUCCACUACUCAGGUCUUGCAAGCAUGGCGAAUUUUGUGGAGGUUUCCUCGUCGCAGCAAUUUGAAGACUUACUAAAAAAAGCUGGAAAGUCACUCUCGGUGGUACAUUUCUAUGCAUCAUGGGCCCAACAGUGUGGCCAGAUGAACGAUGUGAUGGCAGAGCUGGCAGUGGACCAACCUCAGGUGACAUUCAUCAAGCUGGAGGCAGAGGGUGUGCCCGAGGUGUCGGAGAAGUACGAAAUCAGCUCUGUACCCACCUUCCUCUUCUUCAAGGGCAGUGAGAAAGUGGACCGGCUGGACGGAGCUCACGCCCCGGAGCUGACCAAGAAGGUCCAGAAGCUGGCGCCCAGCGCAGCCGGGCCGGCCGGAGGGGCAGAGCCUCCUAAAGAGGACCUGAACGCCCGACUGAAGAAGCUGAUCAACGCCGCGCCCUGCAUGGUCUUCAUGAAGGGGUCGCCGCAGGAGCCCCGCUGCGGCUUCAGCAGGCAAAUCGUGCAGAUCCUGAAGGAGCGCAGCAUCAAGUACAGCAGCUUCGACAUCCUGUCUGACGAGGCGGUGCGGCAGGGCCUGAAGACCUACUCCAACUGGCCCACGUACCCCCAGGUUUACGUCAACGGCGAGCUGCUGGGGGGGCUGGACAUCAUCAAGGAAAUGGCCGAGUCCGGAGAGCUGGAGACCGCCUGCCCGACGGCGGUGACGCUAGAGGAAAGGCUGAAGUCCCUCAUCAACAGAAGUCCCGUGGUGCUUUUCAUGAAGGGCAGCAAGGAGGUGGCCAAAUGUGGAUUCAGCAGGCAAAUAAUUGAAGUGAUGAACAGCGCUGGCGUGGAUUAUGACACGUUUGAUAUUCUUGCAGAUGAAGAGGUUCGGCAAGGACUGAAAACCUAUUCCAACUGGCCAACAUAUCCUCAGCUGUAUGUGAAAGGUGAACUCAUUGGUGGCCUGGAUAUUGUAAAGGAGCUAAAAGAGAGCGGGGACCUCCAGACCGUCUUGAAAGGCGAAAACUAGUGCCAACGGCAAUGCUGACCUGACGCCCCGGGAACAAUUCGCGCCGUAUAAACGAUAAGGAUCCUUCCCGUUUUACCCAUUAGGCUGGGAAAGGAAGAAGCAAUCUGUCUUACAUCCGCCAAUUUCUGUUUUUCUUUUUUUACUCGUUUUCUUUCCCUUCCAGACACACACGUAGGGUAUGUGGCUCAGCACAGGAGGGUGUUUUUAAAACGCAGGCUGCACUUGCUCUAUUCAAAAUAAAUCUGUCCAUGUAAUAUU